GUGACUUUGCGUAUGACUUCCGAGGUCGUUAUGCACAGUACACAGUAGCUCGAAGGCAUCCUCGUCACUCUCGCUUGAAGUUUAGAGAAGCUGCUCGAACAUGUCACCCUUCUGCUGUCACCGACAACGUCAUUCACAAAACCCCGGCGAAGAACAGCAGUGCGAUUAUUUCUUCACCACCUCUCGCUAGCAUGCUCCUUCUUCUCGUACACUUCCGGUCCCCCAUCCGCCGCCCAUAUCCUCAUCCCACCAACCGCUCCGAUGCCUUGCGCCAGUUUCAGCGGCCCUUGGGCCAGAGGCUUGGACGACUUCAUCAAGUCACUGGGCCAGAUGCCCGCACAGCAUCAUGCUGCAUUCAGCGAUAUAUCAGACACAUCGCGCGCGAUCAUCUGCAACAAGUCAUACUUGCAUAUAUGGGAGACGGAUUCAGACAUCGACAGCCUUCUCCAGCUGACGCAAGUGAUCGUCAAGAUCCGGAACAUGAGCACUUACGUGCCUCAGCCGACUGGGCCGCCGAAAAGUGUUCCCGCUGGUAUGCUGAUACUGGUCGAACAUGUCCCCAGUCGCGACAACUUUGGCCGCGUUUGCGAACUUGUUAAGCACCUUACUGAGCAAGAGGGACGCGCCCACCUUAACGGCGGAGUGAUGUCUUUCGGUGGGAUCAAAGUCGUGCGAGGCGUCGAUAACAGCCAGACUCCCAGUUUGCAACAAUCGUCAAGUCACACGUAUGGUUCGCAAGAGGCUGAGACUAACGCGCGAAAAGCGGUUGAGAGGAUUAACAAGGCUAUUACGCGCAUUCUGGAUUCAGGUGCAUACUCGACGGACACCAAGAAGCUCAUCUGGCAUCACGGCCCAGCUCUCCAUUUUCUGAACUUCUGGAUCAACAAUACAAGCCAUGAUUUGCGUUCCAAGCUUGCAGGGAUAACAGUCCAUUCAGUCCUGCAAGUAUCCGCCUCAUCAAUCACACUCUCCGGCUGUCCUUCUCAGAAUAUGAGCAAUGGAAAGAAUCACGGUGUCCACAACCAAAAACAGGAUCUCCUCCGCCUACAGAACUAUUGCACCAAGCUCGACAUCCCCGCCGUCUUGCUCGACAUUCGCUCCCAGAGAAUCGUCCACCCGCAUCUAGCAACAUACAUGUACUUCUACCCCUACUACAUCCACACAUUCCUCCCAGCCUCGCUCCUCACCCCGCACUACCAUCUCGCACUAGACCACCUAGCGACAUACAGCUUCCGCCUACACAACGCGGCCGUGACCCGCAAAUUCGGCUCCAACACGGCAAAAGACGUCGUCAGAGACGUCCAACAACGUCUUCCGGCCUCCAAAGCGAGAGCCUGGGCAAAGCGCUGUAUCCAAGAAACAAGCUACGCAGACAAGAAGCAAUGCCAGGACAUGGCGCGGGACGACGAGAUAUACACCGCCGUCCAGCUGGCCGACGCGCCAUACAAGACCUUCUCGCCCUCGAAUCACACCACGGGAGCGACCGGCCUGAAGGCUUUCUCCAGACUUACCAUGGGGCCUGCUGCAGAUGGCAUAGCGGGACAUUAUGCGUGUGUGCCUAUGGUACUGGAGGUUGACGAGACGGGGGAGAAGGUGAGGAUGAAGAGCGGAUAUCCCGGGCCGUUUCGGCUGUAUUUGCCUACGCCGUCUUCGCCGUCGUCUUCUGCUUCGUCUUCGUCCGAUGAGGAGAUUGAGCGCGUUACGGAGAGGAUUCGAGGGGUUAUGGUUGCGGUGCUGGAGCUUGUCAGGCAGGGGAAGGGGACUGCAGGGACGCCGACGCUGAGUAAGGAGGAUGGCGAGGUGUGGCGUGAGGUCGCGAAGACGUGUUGCUGGGCUUUGGAGGAGUGUAAAGGGAAAUUGCCACGGGGAGUGGAGGAGAAGAUUGCGUUUGUGAUUAAGGCAUUGAAGGGAGGAAUGUGGACGUGGUGCUUGGGGCUGGCAGAGGGCGGUCAAGCGCAAGCAGGCGGGAUGUCUGGGAUGGGAAGAUAUCCGGGCAGAGGAGCGGGAGGAGACAUGACGGGGCAGAUGGGGUAUGGGCAGAGUAAUGGAUGGGCUGGGAACACGAGUGGGGGGCACUGGGAGCAGAAUGCAGGACUAUUAGCAAGCGGCGGAUGGAGCUGAGUCUCAAGUUGGGAGUGCCCUUUGGAAUCGAUAUCAUAACCUGAGACUGAUGCAAUUCCGGACCUCUUUCACUGAAAGAGAAGGUAUCACACUAAAUACAUCUUUCACGGGACUAGGCGUGAAAGCUUCGUGUAGGUGU